UGUAAACACUGCCUCAGCGAAUCAUGGAAAUGUGACGUGAAUUGUGAAUGCGAGUGCACGCCGGAUCUAAGGAAUACAAAGAGUUCCUCACUUAGAGAACUGGGAAGUCGUCGUAACUUCUACAAUGAUGGGAGUCCUAGAAGUCCUACUGCUGGUCUUGGCAUUUCACGGAGCACAAGCAGUCAACCUGACGGAGAUGUAUGGCACCCUGCGUUCCCCCAACUUCCCAGAAUCGUAUGAGAAAGAAGUGGAGGUCACAUGGAAUAUCAGCGUCCCUGAUGGAUUUCAAAUAAAACUUUAUUUCAUACAUUUUGAUUUGGAGCCCUCCUACCUCUGUGAAUAUGACUAUGUAAAGGUGGAGGCAGAGCAGGAGGUGCUGGCCACCUUCUGCGGGAGGGAGAAGACGGACACAGAGCAGGUCCCGGGUGACCAGGUCACCACGUCUCCCCGGAACGCGCUCAGCGUCACCUUCAGAUCCGACUUCUCCAACGAGGAGCGUUUCUCUGGCUUUGAGGCACAUUACAGCGCAGUGGAUGUGGAUGAGUGUCGGGACAGGAACGACGAGGUCUUAGCCUGCGACCACUACUGCCACAACUACAUUGGAGGCUACUACUGCUCCUGCCGCUUUGGUUACGUGCUGCACUCUGACAACAGGACUUGUAGAGUGGAGUGCAGUGACAGUGUUUUCACUGAGAGGACAGGGGUUCUGUCCAGUUCAGACUUCCCAAGACCUUACCCCAAGAGCUCGGACUGCCUUUACCGCAUUGAGCUGGAGGAGGGCUUCCAGGUCAACCUGGAGUUCGACAGCACAUUUGACAUCGAAGACCACCCCGAGAUCAAAUGCCCCUAUGACUACAUAAAGAUCCAGGCGGGGCAGAGGGAAAUUGGCCCACUGUGUGGGGAUCGUUCACCAGGCCGCAUCCAGACUGGAAGCAACAGCAUCCAGAUUUUCUUCCACAGUGACAACUCGGGGGAGAACGUGGGCUGGCGGCUGUCCUACACCACUGUGGGAAGUCAGUGCCCAGUCCUACAGCCCCCAUUGAAUGGGCAGAUUGAGCCUGUUCAGCCACAGUACACCUUUAAGGACCAUAUCCUGGUGACCUGCGACCAUGGAUACAGAGUGGUCAAGGAUGAUGAGGAAAUGGAACACUAUCAAAUAGUGUGUGAAAAAGAUGGUUCAUGGAGCAGCAUAGUGCCGACCUGUAAAAUGGUAGAUUGUGGAGCUCCAGAGGAGAUUCAAAAUGGGACAGUGACAUUUGAGGGCCCAAGCAAUAGUACCCGGCUUGGUUCAAGAAUUCUGUACUCCUGCGAUAAUCCCCUCCAUCGCCUGUACCCCAGCGUCAACAGCACCUACAACUGCACAGAGACAGGGGUCUGGACCAGUGAGGAGCUAGGCUCCAGACUGCCCUCCUGUCAGCCAGUGUGUGGAGAGCCCGGGCAGGCGCUGCCUGCCCUGCAGAAGAGGAUUGUGGGAGGCCGGAGCGCGGCGCCUGGCCUGUUCCCCUGGCAGGCUCUGCUGAUGGUGGAGGACGUGUCCCGUGUCCCAGAAGGCCGCUGGUUCGGCAGCGGGGCGCUGCUGUCCGAGUGGUGGGUCCUGACCGCCGCCCACGUGCUGCGGUCCCACCGGCGCGACGCCAGCGUGGUCCCCGUGUCGGCCGAGCACAUCCGCGUGUACCUGGGCCUCCACCACAUCGGCAGCAAGCACCUGGCCAUCAACCGCACGGUGGAGAGCGUGUUCCUGCACCCCGGCUUCGACCCCCGCAACUACAACAACGACAUCGCCCUGGUCAAGCUGAGCCAGCCCGUGCCCCUCAGCCGUCUGGCCAUGCCCGUGUGCCUGCCCCCGCCCGGCCAGGACGGCUCGCUCCCCCUGCCCCACACGCUGGGCCUGGUCGCGGGCUGGGGCAUCUCCAACCCCAACGUCUCCACGGACGACCCCGCCCCCUCUGACCUGGGCGAGCGCUCGGACGUCCUGCAGUACGUCAAGCUGCCGGUGGUGGAGCAGGAGGAGUGCCGGUCCAGCUACGCCUCUCGCUACAGGAAGUACAACAUCACGGAGAACAUGUUCUGCGCGGGCUUCUUCGAAGGGGGGCGAGACACCUGCCUGGGGGACAGCGGGGGCGCGUUUGUGAUGGAGGACCCCCACACGGGGAGGUGGGUUGCCCAGGGCCUGGUGUCCUGGGGGGGGCCGGAGAAGUGCGGCAGCCAGCGCGUUUACGGCGUCUACACCCGAGUUUCCAACUACAUGACCUGGCUGCAGAGCCAUCUGGACACAGCCAGCCAGCAGUGAGAGAGGCAGAAGACCUUGGGUGUGCUUAUACCACACAGUGCUCUUCUCUUUCUCACUGCACUUCAAUUCCCAUAGUGCUCUUCUCUGCCUCACUGCACUCCAGCUCCCACAGUACUCUUCUGUGUCUCACUGCACUUCAAUUCCCAUAGUGCUUUGCUGUGUCUGACGGCACUUCAGCUCCCACAGUACUCUUCUCUGUCUCACUGCACUCCAGCUCCCACAGUGCUCUUCUCUGUCUCGCUGCACUUCAAUUCCCAUAGGGCUUUGCUCUGUCUCACUUUACUCCAACCCAUACUGUACUUGUCACUCAUUAAACUUUGCACUUAUACUUCACCCUUUUUUAUUCUUUCCCAUGUUUGAGUAAACUCUCCUUACUUUUUCCACUCCUACCAAUCCAGUACUAUACUCCCUCAUACUCCUCACACACUGUGAUGUGACCCCACCCUCUGGUGGUCCGAGACACUCCUGUUACACUGCCUUUUAAGGAGUCAGCAUAUUUCUGUAAUACUACAGUAAUACAAUCUACUUUAAUACUCUUGUGUUUGGCUCAUUGGUUUUUUAUGUGCUCAUUUUUAUAUUGUCCCUGCAGAUUUGUGCAUGAAUUAUUACAUUUUGUUGUGAUUGAAAAAAUAAAAGCCUUUUCAAUAAA